AUGGCUGCCCGACGAGGAAGCCGUUUUAUCAAGCCAUUGCUCUACACAGCGGGAGCUGGAGCAGUCGGCGCGGGAGCCCUCUAUGUCACCCUCAGACCUCGCGAUAUCCCCGGCAGCGAAGCUGCCGCAGUUCCUCCACCAACCUACGGUGAGGGAGGUAUCUUCCGCCCACCACAGUUUCCCAGUGCCAAAAGCCGCGACGAACAGAUCGCACAGCUGAAGCGCAGCGCUGGUGUCGUCUCACAGGUUGCUGAGAAGGCAAGGAGAUGGAUCGGUGGCAGCUCAACACCUGAGAAAGUGGAAGAGGACCCAUACGACCUCCUGAUUAUCGGUGGUGGCGCAACAGGAGCAGGUAUUGCUCUUGACGCCGUCACACGAGGCCUCAAGGUUGCGCUCGUCGAGCGCGACGACUUUAGCAGUGGUACGAGCAGUAAAAGUACCAAACUGGUACACGGCGGUGUACGAUAUCUUGAAAAGGCCGUUUGGAAUCUCGACUACAACCAAUACGCACUUGUCGUCGAAGCUCUCCGCGAACGUCGCUACUUCUUGGAUACUGCACCCCAUCUCUCACAAUGGCUUCCCAUCAUGAUUCCUAUCCAGAAGUGGUGGCAAGCGCCCUACUUCUGGGCUGGCACAAAGUUCUAUGAUUUCCUCGCCGGAUCAGAGAACAUUGAGUCCUCCUACUACAUGACAAAGAGUAAGGCCUUGGACGCAUUCCCUAUGCUGAAGAAGGAAGGCCUUAUCGGAGCUCUGGUAUACUACGAUGGUGCACACAACGAUUCUCGCAUGAACGUCUCGCUUGCUAUGACUGCAGCACUCUAUGGCGCUACUGUUGUCAACCAUCUCGAAGUUACUGGCCUUGAGAAAGAUGCCAAUGGCCGUCUGUGUGGUGCAAAGGCAAAGGAUCUCAUUGAGGAGAGCAACGGUAAGAAGCCUCAGGAAUUCUCCAUCAGGGCCAAGGGCGUGAUCAACGCCACUGGUCCUUUCACUGAUUCUAUCCGCAAAAUGGACGACCAGGAGGUGCCAGAAAUCGUUGCUCCCAGCUCUGGUGUCCACGUCAUUCUCCCUGGUUACUACAGCCCUGCAAACAUGGGUCUCAUUGACCCCAACACUUCUGAUGGCCGUGUCGUCUUCUUCCUGCCAUGGCAAGGCAAUACUAUCGCCGGUACGACGGACACUGCUUGUGAUAUCAAGCAAAACCCCAUUGCUGGUGAGGAAGAGAUCGACUGGAUUCUUAACGAGGUCAAGCGUUACCUACAGCCUGAAAUCAACGUUCGCCGUGGUGACGUCCUCGCUGCUUGGUCGGGUAUCCGUCCUUUGGUUCGCGACCCCAAGGCAAGCGCGACUGAAGGCCUUGUCCGCAACCACUUGGUCACCACCUCUCCCUCUGGUCUGUUGACCUGCUCAGGUGGAAAGUGGACGACUUACCGCCAAAUGGCUGAGGAGACCGUCGACGAGGCAAUUAAGGAAUUCGGUCUAGCACCAAAGCCAUUGGACAAUCCCACUCUUAUCAGCGGAACUCAGGUCAAGGACGAGGCUCCUCUCGAUGGUACCUGCCAGACCCACCGUGUCCGCCUCGUUGGCGCUCACGGUUUCUCCAAGACUCUCUUCAUCAACUUGAUCCAGCACUAUGGCAUCGAGACCGAUGUAGCCAAGUACUUGUGCCAGGCCUAUGGUGACCGUGCCUGGACCGUUGCAUCUCUUUCAGCACCCACUGAGCAGCGAUUCCCUGUCCGUGGAAUCAAGAUGUCUGAGCUUUAUCCCUACAUUGAUGGUGAGGUUCGCUACUGCGUUCGCCACGAGUACGCUCAGACUGCCACUGACGUAAUUGCCCGCCGCAUGCGUCUUGCUUUCUUGAACGCCCAAGCUGCUCUGGAGGCCCUUCCCAAGGUUAUUGAUAUUAUGGGCGAGGAGCUGAAGUGGGACAACAAGCGCAAGGAAGUUGAGUGGAAGAACGGUGUCACUUUCCUCGGCUCUAUGGGACUUCCCAAGAGCAAGCUUUCUCUCACUCGUAAGGAGGUCGAGAGCGGUGCUGUAGGUAAAUAUGCCGACGAGGAGCAUCACCUCUACGCACGACAUGGUGAGUCUACCCCCGACGAAGAAGCUUGCGCGAACCUCUUUGCAUUUGGGAUCAGACUAAAUGAGAUACUUGCAGAUAAACCCAGCGAGCCUCUCCCAUCCGACAGCAAGUUCAAGUCUGGCGAGAACCCUGUCGUCAAGCGCGAAUCCCAGGUUAACAAAUAA